AUGGUGGCCGCGGUUUCUCGCCAAGGAACGAACCGCGAGUUCGCGGAAGGCCGAGAGGGGUCGGCGCCGUCUCCCGCUGUGUUCGGGAGCGUUCAGGACGGUCGAGCCGUCUGCGGUGGCGCCAUGCAGAGCCGCGGCGGUCUGGUUUUCGAGCUCCGGGAAUUCCGGUCAAAACACGGACUGGGUCUGAGGCGCUGGCCGCGCUGUUUGAGGGCAUCUGCCGGCGACGGGGACGCACUGCAGAACACCCCCUGUGGUCGCGUUCGCGCCGAGUCACGGGCGAUGGCCUGCUUGCUGGCCGACCUUGUCGCCGAGGAGUGGAAUGUAGUGCCAGAAAGGUACCCGGCGAACUUCCAGCGGUUGUCGCGGGGUGCACGGAAGAGACGUCGACGCAAGCCCAAGGUACGGCCCACUUCAUUGGAGAUCGGGGAAGCCCUCUUGGAAAAGCAAGCAGUCCACGUUUCAGACGUCUCUGUGUCCCACUCGGCUGGGGAGGAAAAGCCCAUCAUCGCAGUUGGCGAACACGGACUCGCUGUCGAAUGUGGCCCCGUGAAAGGUCCAGCUGUUAAAACUGCAACCACCAAUGCCGUAGUGUCGCCUCAGCAAGCCAAGGAGAAGCUGCCAGAGCCCACUGAAGACUGUGCCAUGCCAGAUGAUUACACCGAACCUGCCAUCCCCCAAACACAGGACAAACGGUGCCAGCCUCGCACAGAGAAGCCAGAUUUUCGGACAGUGACGCCAGUGACAAAAAUCGGUUCCAGCUUUGAAGAGUUGCGCAAUUACAAGAUCCCCAAGAUAAAACGACCGGUGCCGCCAACAAAGGAACAUGGCAGUCGCGUUUCCAGAACGUACCCCGUUUCACCAGUGAGCAAGAAACGACGUGAAAAACAAGAUGAACAUCGAGAAGAACUUAGUAGUUCUCCGAGUAGUAGCCCCGCUGUCAGCACGUCAUCAAGCAAUGUUCUAUUGGACAAAAUAAUCGAGGACAUGAACAAGGCAUACCCAAAGGUCUCUGGGUGUUACGUUUCCUGUCGCGACAGCUGCCCCCACCGAAAUCAAGUUCACGAGUUUCCCAAGAGCCCUGCCAAGUGCCCACUUGAAGAUAACCAGGAGCUAUCAAAGUCAGCUAUCCUCGAUUGCGCACCAGUGAGCAACCACAUCGGACAGAAGCACCAAAUGAAGGUUUGCACUGUGUGCAAACGCAAAAACGUUUCCGAAGGGUUAGGUCAAGACACCUGCAUCAGGUGCUCUCUUUAUGAGCAGAUUAACAAGGAACAGGCUGCAGUGAAAGAGCACGGGAGCAAGGAAAGGCAGGCUGUACGCAAACCAGAUGUGCCAGCCAAAGUACAGGCACGUCGGAGCUCGUCAGAUGUUGAGAACAAAGAGCUGGUCACCAGAACUCCAACCAGUCCCAGGUCCAGAUCCAAGUCUAAAUCCAGGACUAGCAACACAGAUAAUGUGAGCACUGCAUCGCCCCAGGCAAAUGAGCACAAUAAUGUUCUCAGAAAGAGAAGACGCAAGACCUAUCUCACAAAGCAAAUCAUCUCGUCUAGCGACGAUUCAUGCACCAGUGAGGAUGAUAUCUGUGCUGCGGCUGCGAGUGCCGUGCCUGCGUCUCAGGAUGGCGCGAAUUCAUUGCAGUAUCGGCAGCCAAGGCCGCAACGCAAAUGCAGAGCCCUCAGUGAGAGCCCGCAGAAUGUUACGGAAGAACCAGCCCAGAAGGAUGACAGUCAGGAUCCUGAGGAGCCUCUGACCACUGGUCCCAAAGAUAGCAAAGCCAAAUCGAAGUUUCGGCGAGUGCAAGGUAUCAAACCCAAACCGAAGUGUCGGCGAAUGCAAGGUAAAGGCAGUAACGACGAGAAGCUGAGGCGGAAGGUGAUGAGAGAAGCAUGGAAAAAAGCAAAGGACACAGAGGACUAUUUGAGAGCGUUAGGUGAGAUGGAGAAGAGCAUAAAGGCAACGAAGACUCUUCGAAAAGAAAACGUAGCCGAGAAGAGUGAAGAGCAUAAAAAUAUUGGAAGCAUAAACAAUGGCCAUACUUAUGCAAAAUCUGUGCCUGAAGAGCACGAACAACAAUUUAAAAGUGUAAAAGGUGACCGUACUGAUGCAAAUCGUACAGUUGGAGGGCACGAACAGCUUGAAAGCGUAAAAUGUGAACGUCCUGAUGCAAAUCCUACAGUUGAAGGGCACGAACAGCUUGAAAGCCUAAAAUGUGAACGUCCUGAUGCAAAUCCUACAGUUGAAGGGCACGAACAGCUUGAAAGCGUAAAAUGUGAACGUCCUGAUGCAAAUCCUGAAGUUGCAGAGCAUGAAGAGCUUCAGAACGUAAAAUGUGAACAUGCUGAUGCAAAACCUGCAUCUGAGGAGCAGUGUGGUGAAGUUGCCAUUGAUAUUGGCGGACUUGCUUCAGAUUCUUUAGUCUUAGCAAAUAGUCCACCAUUAGUGGUUGCGUCAUGCUGUAGUCUGAGCUUGACGGACUGGGAAGGUAUGCAAAACGAAUCCAUGGACGGCGUCACCUCUGAGGCGGUUAGUGGCGAAGUUAACAAAGUUGCAUCUGCUUGCACCUUGCCAAGUGAUGGAGCUCUGUCAGACAGCCAUGCAUCAACAAGCUCCGAAAAGUGUGCCGGAAAGGCAGUUUUACCUUCUGCCAUGGUCAUUGACCUUUCUGACGACACAUUGAAUGGGAAGCAUAUUGAUGCAGUGAUGAAGUGCCUUGUAAAACUGCCAUACCUGCUAUCUUUUGAGGACGAUGGUGCCAUGUCUGUCACUAUUAGAGAUGGUGUAAGUGGCGAUGGUGGUCGAGAAGAAGGUUUCUCUGCUAAGGAAUCGGGUGAGCUGGUGCAGCAGCCUCAGGAAGUUCGGCCUCCCUCUUCUAGUGAUCCGGACAACAUGGCUGCUUUUACAGCAAGCUUGCAGGAGGGUGAUUUCACUCUUUAUCCAGGGAAGGUGGUUGGGAAAUCUCAUCUUGAUGGUAAAGUUGCACCGACAGACACAGACACGAGAAAAGGUGGAACGAAGAUACUUGCUGAGAAACCUGGUUCAUCUAAGCCAGAGGAACCUGCUGCGUUUUCUGCUUCUUCUGUGCUGCCACCCUCACCUUGUGGCAACAGUAGCAGGCACAUCUCGGUAGAUACAUCUGCCGCAAGCGAACGAGGUGCAGUCCAUUGCAAUUUUGACGCACAUGUGUUGUAUCGUGCAGACACAGUCUGCAGCAGCAAUAAGGACAGCUCCCCAGUGAUUCCUGCAGAAUCUGGUGCCCCUCUAACACAGCCGUCAUUGUGUGCCACAGAGGACGUAACGGAGGCGCAUGUGAAUAUUUCUUAUGCAGCACAGGGAGCCAGUUGUAGUGGCAGUGUGUCAUCCCUAGGGGUUUCAGCCUUGUCAAUAGGUCAACGAAUGCUUUCCGAGGCUGCGGAUAUCAAAUCUUUGGGCAUGGAUGGCACUACGUAUGGCACUGUGAAUGGCUCUCUCCCAAGCUCCAUAGACUCUGCUUCGCCCGCAAACCAAGCAGUGUCUGCCACACCUAUGAACAUGAACACAGCCAACACGAAAAGCUCUUGCACAGCCAAGCACAACGUUGAGAAAGGCUGUCUACCAAAUAAUGGUGUCGCUCCUUCAGGCACUGACCAUUUGCUCCUGCUUGCUAUAGAAAGCAUGGGGAUGUCUUGCAGAAGACGUUUUACGGCCAAAGACAAUGUUCGGAGUAGCUAUCUCCAGCAUGAAGAGCACUCUGCUUCAAGAAUGGCUCAAUCACAGUUGCACUCAUCGCACUUGCAUUCAUCUCGUGUGCACUCCACUCAUGCAAAUGGUCACAGUUCGAGGAACGUUCUGCCACAAAGUUCUUGGGACUCUUCUGGACGUACAGCCAGGUUGGUGUGGCCUUCGGCAGAAGAUGUGGGUACUUCAGAUAGCCCUGCUUGCUUUGACACAGUCUCUCUCGUCGACGCUGUCUUCGGAACACCGAAAGCUUCCAUUGGCACUAUUGACCGAGGCUGUGCUGGCCGAGGAGGCAGGCUGUACCAGAUGCUGGAAGAGUACGUCCAAAAUGUAGAGAGAUUUCUUGCUGCCCUCCAUCAAUGCACACCUGGCUAUCGUGAUAGAUUGGUCAGCACUCUUUUGCCAGAGGGCAUCGUAGGGUUGAAGAGAAUCGUGCAGCUGGUGUGGAGAAUGGAGGCUGAAUUGCAGUGCCUAGGAAGGGACAGAGUGUCAGACCUAGACAAAGGCGUGUUCUCGCUGCUCAUGGAACAUACGGGGAACCUCUCGAAGACGACAGCAGAGCAGGACCUACCAACCUUCAUGUCGUUUCAGGUGCACAUUGAGCCUCAACUGCAGACUCUUGCCGAUCCACUGUGCCAGGAAGUGGCAGAUGACGGGCAGCAUACUAACUGCAGUGAAGUACUCGAGCACCACACCGAGUUGAACUGUGCAGCAGAUGUGGCUUCGGAGGCAGUUAGCCGGCUUGGGGGAGCAAAGGCACCGACAGUUUCUGUCCCUUUUGUGGAUCGUGCUGUGACAAAAACUGCGGACAACGCUGAAGUUCUGAUUACUGACGAUCCUGAUGAGGAGGGGCAGAUGGCCGAUGCGCCGGCAGCAAGUUGCCAGAGGGCGGUUACCGGGGUGCAAACAAACGGCGUGCAAGGACUCGGCAUCAUCACAGCGGUGUGGUGGCCACCGGAUUCUCUGUCGGAAAAAGGUGAAAUGGCUGGCCAGCCGAAGUCGCCACAAGCAACGACAGUUGACGGGGCAGUUCGAGGCACAGCACAUACAACAGCUACUGUUGAUGCCUCUCGCCUCGAGCAAGGACAGCAGAGCACGGGGAUGUCUUGGCCGCCACGUGCUGCCGCAGGAAUUCUCCAGAACGGUGUUCUUUAUGACGCCAGCUUGAUGGCUAAGCCGAAGAAUCUGGAUGCUGUUUCUAGUGCCAAGGUCUUCCAGGGUGCCAGUGCAAAGGAGGCCACCACAGUACAAACAGAUGCAGCGGUUGCAGUUGCAGCAACUUCCAUCCACAGCUCUGACAGGCACAGACUGCCACCCACGGAAAAGGCUGCUCAACCCAGACAGCAGAGAUGGGAUCAGGGGCCAAGGACUGCACCUACUGCGAAUCAGAAUUCAAUGCUUAGCACUGGAAUGGAACGGGACCCGACUAUGCGCAACAGACAGCAGCCAGACGGAAGUGCACUUCGAAGCCUAUUCAUGCGGCAAAGAGCCACUUCGACAGGCUGUGAAAGUCUUGGUGACACUUUCAGCACAGCCCAGCAGAGCUCCCAGGCUCCAAAGAGGAGCGUUGCCCAAGUUAACAGCCAGCAAGGCAUUUCACGAGACAUUCCUUCAAAUCAAAACUCUACGCAAGGACAGCAGGCACACUCAGCUGCUGGCAGACCUCAACAGGCGCGUCAACUACAUUUUCAGCUAAGGGAACCUCCACCACUCAUGUACGCAGGGCCACAUCAACAUACUGUGCAGAAUGAAGGGGCAUGCACACAGCAGAGUAUCAUGAAUUCAAGGCAGCGCGAAGAGCUUGCAAAGCAGUUCGCUUGGCUGAAUGCCCAUGGCCUUCCAGGAAACUUGCAGGGCCCUUCAGGCCCUGCGUACAGCAGUGCCAGGCAGUUUUGCAAGGCUCCUGACUGCAUUAGAACAGGACAGCCAUGUAGUCAUGCUUCAAGACGUGUUCAUGCACAGGGCUAUGCACCACAGCCAGAGCCACGGCAAGGAACAAGCAACACACACACGCAACCCCAAGAGCGUGACCUACGUUUGCAGCAGCAGCAUGUGCAAGGACAACAGUACGCGGCCAACACUGAUGCGUCAAAUCCCCUACCUGCACCGUCGGCAAGUUAUGGUUCCCAAAUCACCCCCAUGGACGCUGCUCUGAUUCAAGCGGAGAGUGAAGUACUCAGUCAGCUAAAGAUACAUCAGUAUCUCAAGCUGCUUACGCACAAAAUUGAAGCUGGACAAGUAGCUCCUGCUCCUGGCCAGCAGCCAGGAUGCUACAAGGCACCUGAACGAAGGCAGCUGUCCGAAAGAGAAAAGCACUUACAGCAGCAAAUAAAUGUUGCUUUAAACGCAUUCACGAAAGGUGCUGCCCAGAACGCCCAACAGUGGCAGCUUCGAGCCUACCAGUCCUUCCAGCAGCCACCGCAGUACCCCACUGCACAGCACUCAUAUGAGUCUUCAGCACAGCCAAGAGCCGACAUGAACAACAGCAGUGCAAGAAUUUCCGAAGAAAGCGUUUCAUUAGAAUGUCCCGCAGGAUUUGUGCGUCCGUGGGCUGAUAAGCCGAAAUGGCCUGAACCUUACGCAGCAUGUCAGGACGCGCUACAGAGGUGGAAGAAUAGACAGUAUGAAGGGGAGCCUAAAACAAAGGUGCCAAGGGAUGCUGUGGAACAAACUGUAGACGAGUACAGAGCAGCUUCUAAUGUCCGUCCUCAGCAGAUAAUGGAGGCACAAGACCACGUGUUAAUGCGCCAAGUUUCUGCGCCGGAGCAAAAUCGAAACAUAGCACAGUCUGAUAUCUCUCAUCAUGUGCCAGUGCACCAUACUGCUGUGCCAGGGCCAAGUCAGAACAUUAUGGCACGAUACGAUGCCUCCGGUCAGGCACCAGCGGGGCAAGAAGUUUCUGUGUCACAGCAAAGUGGGAACUUUGUGGCAUCAUCUGGUGUCUCUGGCGGGAACUAUAGAGAACGAAGAACGUCAAUAUGGCAUCCACUGAACACCAUUCUCCAACUUUCUGCGGGUGCUGAAGCUUCCCGUGGCCAUCUUGCAAAGAAUCGCGCUGCCAGUUCUACUACACUGCCAAGCCAGCAGAUCCCAAGGGAAGGCUUCGUGUUCCAGCGUGUACCAGGACAACCCUCAAAUUCUGUGCAAGGCACAUUGCCACAGUGACUGCCUCUGAGACAGUAGGGCAUUGUGUUGGGCAUUAAGUGCAAUGAGGGAUAAGUAAACAGUACUUUAGCACUGGCAGUUAUUCUCAGCUGCCACUGCAUACCUCUUGGCAAUUGGUGUUUACACAGGAUGUAUGUCUGUGAUACCAGUGAUCAAGGCUCUCUGAAGAAAUGCAGGAGGGCUGCAUUUGAACUAAAGUGCUCAAAGGUUGUAACACUUGUUUUGAUUUCGUGUGUUCGUCAAAGUGACAUGACAUUUGCAUUUUUAAGCCGUCAUUCAUCUGAGUGUAUACUGUGCAUUUGUUUAAGUUAUUUGCACCCAGAGGUCAGUGGUGCCAGACUUUUAUAGUACUCGCUUCUGUCACUUCGUUUCACCAUUAAGAAAGACUUGUACAAAGUAUAAUCUUUAUAUCAGCUCGCUGCCAAAUACAAAUUGUUCAAUUUAAGUUUUUUGUGUGUUCCUAUCUGAGACCCUUUUUUUGUAUGUUUGAUUUGAAGUUCUUUGUAUCACGUUAAUUGAAUUACUGUAAUCUUAUACAGAAGUUGUCUUUGAGUGUUAAAGUAAACGCUUAUGUAGGACCUAAAGAUGAGAUAGUGUGCCACAUUUUUAAAGAUUCAAAUGUGUCUUUCAGUCUGUGAAAGGACCAAACAUGCUGGUGGGAAUGAAACAUGCAGAAACAUUUCUUCAUCACUCUUUUUAAAUAAAUUGUGAAUGGUGAGUGAUUUGACCGUGGCACAUAAUGUUUGUUUGCCAUAGGAGUAACAGAGUUGUGCGCAAGCAAAAGGGAAUAGAGCACCGAUCGUUCAGCACUUGUUGCUUGUAGAUGAUGUGUCGCUUGCAGAUUGUAUUGUAACUGUACUGAUGAGGUGGGUAAUACUGAAAAUGCCACACAGAAUGGCUACAGGGAUGAACCUUUUCUCCUAGAAACGACGCACACCAUGCAGAGCUUUCGAAAGGGCCCGAAUUUGCUGUAUUGAGAUUUAUGCUGCACUUCAAGUUCUCAUGCUUUUACGAUUUGCACAAUCUUUCAUAUUCAUAUUAACAAACGAACUGGAGAUGCAGCAAGAACAUUGAGAAGUUCUUGCUGCAUCUCCACUUCGUUUGUGCAUUUGAAGUUUCAACCCUUUUGGAUUGUAAGUAAAUUUCACAUUGCAGUUCAGGUGUCAUAAGGAUGCCGUGACAGAGUGAGCAAAGUUAAUGAGGAAUGCAAGAACAGGCAUGAAAGAAAUAUAGCAAUUCCGGCCAGUCAAUUUGCCUUUUCUUUUUCUUUUUUUCGAAAGGUGCCGAAAUGGGGUGUGCAUAUGUAGUGAACUUGGCUACAUUUGAAUAUUCACUGCCACUUGAAUCAAACUGUUGAAGGCCACAUUUCCGUUGCCAUGUCCACCAAGUGUUGGAGCAGGAAAAGGUUCUGCAGGAUUGAUCACACUUCAGAAAUUUUUGAAGAUGUGUAUACUUUUUUGUGUGUCUUAAGUGUCAUUUGCGUUCAGCUCAGGGAGUGGCUAAGGUUUGGGCCUUUGUGCAAUAGGCAUUUAUAUUAGUUUAUUUUAUAUCGCCCCCUAGUUAAUCUUGAAGCGUGCAUAUUUUUGUUCUGUGACGAAUGUCCAUAUUGUUCUUGCCAGAGAUACUCAUCAUAUAUGUUUUGCUACCUUCUUUGUCCUCAUAGCUCAGUGGACAUCAAGCAAUACAAGUUUGUUAUCAUAUGGAUGUACCUGUUUUCUGGAAAUACACUGGUUAUUUCAGUUUGCAAAAUUUUAGUGCUUGUUGUUUUCGUGAUUCAUGAUUCUAUAUAGAUUACUGUGUCAGUCUGUGUUCUCAAUUUUCAUGAUGUGGCAGGACAAUGUGUCCACGUAGCCUCUUGGUGUUAAAGCUGCUUCAAGAUG